GUUGGAUUGUUUGGUUGUUGUUUGAAAUGCCUGAAUUUGGUGUGUCAUUCGGUUUGGUAGCUCGUUCAUAAACGGAUGUGAGUAUUUGAGAGCGGAACGGUUUUUAAGAAGAAUACAUCAUCAACACAGGAGUUCAAGUGUGUUUUCGGUGACAACAACAGAACAAUUUGAUAUUGUUGAGAAAUUAUAACAAGUAGAAGAGUGACUGAGUGGAAUUGUUGUUUGUGCGUGAAAAAUAGAUGAAGAGCAAACUUGUCAAAAUUAUUAGCACACAAUUUGUAUUGGGAAACAUGUAAAUACAAACCGUUCGGCAUUAGUAUAAAUAAUAUGCAAAUUUAUAUGUACAUACAAAUGCUGUAAAUGAGAAUUGUUUAGCUGCCUGAAGUUAUUGAAAGUGUUUUUGUGACAAGAGCAGGUGGCGCAUACGAGAAAAAAGUGCUGGUCAAAUAUGAAAGUGAAAUUAGAAAACAAAAAUAUUUUUGGGAAAAAAUUGUAAUUGUAAAAAAAAAUACAAAACAUAAUUUGUUUAAAAACAACAAGAUUUCAAUUAUCUGCAUAUUUUGUAAGGCGACAAAAUUUCAUAACAAAUAAAUGCGUUAAAGCUGCAAAGAAAACAAACUUUGUUCUGUUAAAAUAAAAACAAACAAAUUUUUCCUAACUGCAGUCAUUAAAACUGUAAGAGUGCUAAAUUCUUCAAAAUCAAGCAUCUGUAGUGAAAAGUAGCCGCGUUUGUGCGCCUUGAAUUGAAUGUGAAAAUUUUGAAAAUUCAAUUUUUAAAAUCUAAAGAAAUUUAAGCCGGUUUUGUGCAUGAAAAUACCCAUAAACGUUAAAAGUGCGGACAUUUUUAAAACAACAAAAACGUUGUAGCUGCUGUGUUGUUAUGGAAGCACUAAAAACAUUUACAAAAAAAGGUGAAACUGCUUUUAUGUAUUGACGUACUAACCAAAAAAGUUCAAAUUUGCCAUCAGCUUGGGAGAAUUAUUAUAUUACAAAUAGUUAAAAUAUUCAAAAACAAUAACUCACCCUCAAGAUAAGCUAAAAAAGAAACACAAAUAUUCAACUAAAUUGCUUUAAAAGCCAAUAAGCCAAAACAACUUAAGCGCAAAAAGUGUAAAAGUGCAAUUAAAAAAAAAAACACACACAGUAAUAAUUCUUCCCUCUAAACCUCAGAGCUCCAACAAAUUUCCAAUAGUUUGUUGCGGAAGUGCAGAAACCAAUUAGAACAAUAGCCAAUUCAUCUUACUUAAUCAUAAUCAGCAUAGCGCCCGCUUCACACGUGAGUUGAAAGACAGCGAGCGAGAAAGAUACAUAGCGGCUGCUUGACAGCGGAUUAGCGCGCAACAUAGCAAAUUUGUGUUUUUAAUACUGUUGCUAAACACCAAACACUACGAGCGGCGUGCAACCAACACAAAUCGAACAUUAACCCCACGCAGAGUGAGUGACUACAUCCAAACCAGGAUCAAAAUCGCUUGCAGGCGUCAUAAGUGGACUAUUGCUAAACUCGCACACUCACACACAUACACAAGUAACAGUAAAACAAUAAUAAAAUAGCAAGCAACUAAAAAUAUUAGUUUGCCGACUAAAGUGCGGAUUAAUUUGCGCACACACGUAGCCAUAUAUACCUACACAUAUAUGGCCAAUAUAAAAACGGCAACUACAACAACGAUUAGCAGCGAGAAUCAAUUCUGCAUGCAAUUAAAUGCUUCAGAAUUAACAGCAAUCAUUAUGAAAGGUUCACCCAAUUCCAAUGACCGCGAUGCCGGCUUCUGCUCUGGCAGCUCUGAGGGUGGAGAUGAUCUCGAUCGCAUUGAUCAGGUGCGUCUCGAGUCCAGCAAUCCCACCAGUCCCGCCGAUGCCACGACAGAGGCCUCUGAAGAUUCCGUCGAAGUUAAAGUGACACCCAUUGCGCUCGUGCGCAAUAAACGCAAAAGUUCCGAACCCUCCAAAGUUGUGGACGCCACUGUGACCGCGACAGGAACACAUGCGACCGCGCUCGCCACGGCGCCCCUCAAGAAACGUAUCCGCUAUACCUCAACCACAGAUUCGGCUGUGGUAUUAACACCACCCGCACUCGCCACACCGCCACCGCACGGCAUCUGGGAUCCUAGUCAAGUGCUACCUCACGAGUUGAUGCCCAAUCCCGCACAAGUAUUUGUGCGGCAUCCGGGCGUAACAACUCUGCAUCGCAUACCUGCACCCACUGUAGACGAACAAUUGGAACCUUUAGCGCUGGUAGCGAAAAAACCCAUUGGCGGCACGAAGGAAAACGAGCAUACGCAAGCAUACACGCAUGCGUCUGCGACAAGCUGCACCUCCAAUGACAUAGCAUCACCCGUUUACGUGCCAAAGAAGCAACAGGCAACCGCAAAUAGCCAAUUAAAGUUCCAUGCCACCACAACAGAGUCCGUCCCUUUGGCGCUAACGACGAGCGCAAAUCACUUAGUUCCAACCAAGCAGGCGUCCAGCCACGACGCACUAUGCGCAUCAAACGUCGCCGAGCAAUACAAACCCAGCAACGCAGAGGAGGCGCCCAGUGGCAGCGGCGCAAGCGGUAGUGGCGGCAGCACUGGUAGUGCCAGCGCGCGUCCCCAGCAACGCAACUACAAGAAUAUGACACGUGAGCGCCGCAUCGAGGCGAAUGCGCGCGAACGAACACGCGUGCACACCAUUUCGGCCGCUUACGAGACGCUGCGACGGGCAGUACCCUCCUACUCGAAUGCACAGAAACUUUCAAAGCUGUCCGUGCUACGCAUCGCCUGUUCCUACAUAUUGACGCUGAGUCGCAUGGCGGGUCACGAUUACAGCGUAGAUGGCUCAGAGCCAGCAAUUCCCGAUUGCUUUGAUUCGGUCACGGAUACCAUACAGACUGAGGGCAAGAUCAGAAAGAAGAAGGAUGAGUAAGGGUGAGGGUGCGAGAAAGGGAAAAAGCGAGAAAACGUACGGCAGUAUGCCAACGGAAGGUUUCAGCGUGACGCGUAGCACUUAAGACUUUUAUUUUUUAAUUUUUAGUUUUUAUUUUUAAUUAGGCAGUAAAGUAACAAAAAUAUGUUUAUUGUGACUGAAGCUUGUACGCGCAGGCGCAUUAAAGCAGUUGGAGCUUUUGCAUAUGCGCAUAAAAUGAAAGCCAAGAGUGAGAGAGUGCGAAAUACGCGUGAGCAAGCGUAAUAAAGCUUUAAAAGCGUUGAUAUGGCUUACAAAAAAAAAGAUCAGUUAAAACUUUACGGUUAGCUUAGAAAAAGCGCUGACAGGUGCAAAUUUGAGUGAAAGCUAGAACGAAAGUUCAAGUGAAAGCUCAAGGAAAACUCCGGUGAAAUGUCGAGUGAAAGUUCGAGUGAAAGCUCAAGUUUUUUGAUGAUAUUAAUUAAGCACUUUAGGUAAGAAUGAAAGAGUGAUGUAGUAUCGCUUUGAAAAUGAAGUGAUUUAAAGAAAACUAUUGAUUAAACUAAAUUAGUUGUAAAUUUAUUUAUAUGCUAAGCCAGUACUUAGACGAAAUUCGGAGCAGAGUAUAAUAAAGAAAAGUAUUAAAGGCGUGUUGUCAAGCAAAAUGAGAAGGAAAAUUAAUGAAACAGUACAAAAAUCGUAGAAUAAAAUUAAAGCAAGCAAAUGAGGGUAGAGAUUUUGUGUCGACAAAUAA